AUGGCAGAGAAAACCCAAACAGUCGUCCUAGUGAGCGUCGAAGGCGAGCGAUUCACAGUCAACAGAAAGAUCGCCGAGCGUUCCCUGUUAUUAAAGAAUUACUUGAAUGACAUGCACGACAAUAACUUCAAUGACGACUCCGACGAAGAAGCAGAAAGCAAAGACGAUGACGAUAAGAUUGUCAUGCCGGUACCCAACGUCCGUUCCUCUGUUCUCCAGAAAGUAAUCGAAUGGGCCGAACAUCACAAGGAUUCGAACUUCCCCGACGAAGAAGACGACGACUCGCGUAAGUCCGCCCCAGUAGACGCAUGGGACCGUGAGUUCCUCAAAGUGGAUCAGGAAAUGUUGUAUGAAAUUAUCUUGGCCGCAAACUAUCUAAACAUAAAACCUCUAUUGGACGCCGGAUGCAAAGUCGUUGCGGAAAUGAUCAGAAACAGAUCCCCAGAAGAAAUCAGAAGAACUUUCAACAUUGUCAACGAUUUCACCCCCGAGGAAGAAGCUGCUAUCAGACGUGAAAACGAGUGGGCUGAAGACCGUUAG